ACAUUUUACUAGGCUGUAUGGCUAAGAGCCUUUGCCUUCUCCUUAAGGAGUAAAUCAAACCAAAAAAAAAAAAAAAAAGAAUACAUUUUAUUGUUUAUUGUGUAUCAUUGUGUAUAUAUUUUAAUAAAUUGGGAAGGAGAAAAUGUAACUUUAAGCUGAAAGACUAAUAAUAAAUAAUCUGAGCACUCCUCGUGAUUUUCGCCAUGGUGCCUGUGGCUAUAGAAGGAUGCACCCAAGGUGCUGAGGGUGGUGGAGCCCGUGGUGGUUCCAUUUCUCUCGCAAUGUUAAUAGACUUCAUCGUUCAAAGAACCUAUGAUGAACUUACCGUGUUGGCGGAACUGUUGCCUCGAAAAACGGACAUGGAACGCAAGAUUGAGAUCUAUAAGUUUAGUGCACGUACCCGACAACUGUUCGUACGCUUGCUGGCUCUUGUAAAGUGGGCUAGCAGCGCAACAAAAGUGGAUCGCUCGGCACACAUCAUGGCUUUCUUGGACAAACAAGCAUUGCUCUUUGUAGAAACUGCUGAUGUAUUAGCAAGAGUAGCAAGAGAAACCCUUGUGCAUGCUCGGCUGCCCACAUUCCACAUGGCUGCAGCUGUAGAGGUGCUGACCCUGGGCACGUACAGUCGCUUGCCGGCUGUGAUCCGAGAGCGUUUGGUGCCGCCGCCAUCAUUGACGCCAACUGAGCGCCGCUCUACACUGCGUGCCCUUGCACACAUAGUUCGUCAAAGAUUAACCACUGCUUCACUGCCUAGCGAUGUGAGGAAUUUAAAGGUGGAAAAUGGGCGUGCUACUUUUACAGUUGGCCAAGAAUUCAGUGUAUCUUUGACUGUUAUGGGAGAUGCACCUAAUCUCCCAUGGCGACUGUUGGAUAUUGCUAUCCUUAUACAAGAUAGUGAAACCGGAGAAGGUAAACCGCUGGUGUAUAGUUCGCAAUUGGCAUGGUUACGUGGUGUGGCACAAGCUCGACUAGCAGCAGCCGGGCUCAGCGGUGCGUUGGCAGCACUUCGAUUCUUUUGUCGCUCUCUGUCGUUAGAGCUGUUGUACACGCAAACUCUGAGACUGUGCCGAGAUCGUCUCUCGCGUCAUUUGCAGGUCGACAAGUACAUACCUGGACAAAAGUUGCAAGUUUCAUAUUGGAAGGAACUGGGCUGCGAGCUCGGGUACCGUCUGAUCGUGGGCGCGGAGGGCGAGUCGCUGUGCGUGUGGCACGUGCCGGCGCUGACGGGCGGCGAGCGCGUGGCGGCCGCGCUGACGCCGCACGCGCCCUCCAUGGAGCGGCUGCUAGCGCACACGGUGCACGUGCGCUCGCGCCAGCGGCUCGCCGACCUGCGCGUCGUGCUGAGCGAGCUGGGCGUGGAGUGCAGCGUGGGCGGGUGGCCGUGCGUGCUGGCGUGCUCGGUGGUGAGUCCGUGCCUGCGCGCCGAGCAGCUGCUGGUGUCGGUGGGCGCGCACGGCGGCCGGCUGCGCGCGCGCGUGCCCGCGUACCCCAACACGCCGCGCAUGCCCGACCUCGCCAACGCGCUCGCCGCCACUGACGUGUCGCAGAUACGCACGCUGCUCACGCACCUCAGGUUCUGGCUAGUGGCACGGCGAUGCGAAAAGACGCUGCAGCACCUGCCGGCGAGUGUGUGCGAGCAUCUGCCGUUCCUACACGGGCCCGACCACCCCCUCAACAAGCUCUCACCCGACCGACUCUAUGUCACCUUACAUCGACAUACUGAUCAUAUAUUGAUAGUGGAGAUGAAAGAGGUGGCGGCGGGGAGCACGGCGACCACCAGCAACAGCACCAACAGCGGCAGCGCCUGCUCAGUCGCGCUGUCGUUCCACCUCGCCGGCGCGCGCCGCUGCACGCCCGACGAGUGCGAGGACGAGACGGGCGCGAGCGCGGGCGCGGCGGGCGCGGCGGGCGUGGCGCGCGCCUUCCUCAAGCUGCACUCGCUCGUGGAGCUGGACACCUUCACGCUCACUCACGGACCAUUCACACCGCUCGACACGCCAGGCAUGCAGGCAGGCAAGCGCAAGUUGUCGCCUGCAAACAUUCGGGCUGUGCGCGUGCGCCAGCCUGCAUAUUUCCUGCCCGAGCUGGCGCACGUAGUGGCCGCCGCUGAUGAACGUGUUCCCUUCGUCAAUCUCGCACAAGAACUGGCGUCUCGUGGCGUGACCCACGGCGGCGUGCAGCCGGAGUGGAGCGGGUCGGCGCUGGCGAUGCGCAUCGUAUCGCUGCCGGUGCCGGAGGGCGCAGGCGCCGCCGCCGCCGCCGCGCUGCGCCAUCGCUUGCUCGCCGCCACCAUUCGCCUCACCACCAAGAACCAGGCGCGCGUCUGGACCGCUGAGAUCGUCUUCCACGGCUCUCCCGUCCGCACACCCAACCCCAAAGAACAAGGGGAGCGCCGGUGCGUGUACCUGCAGUACGAGCUGGGCACGGAGGCGGCGCGCACGGCCGAGGCGUUCCUCGCGGACUGGGCCGCUAUCGUGCAUCUGCACGCGCUCAUACACGACUUCAUGCAGCGCCCCGCCCAGGAGCGUGAGAACGUGUGGCAGGGCGUGUGCGUGCGUUCAUAUACGUACCGCGCACUGGUGGUGGGCACGGGUCCGGCGCAGCGCGCCACGUGCGUGGUCACGUGGUCGGCGCAGGCACAGCGCUACACGGUAGCCACGCCGGCACACCAACCCGCCGCCAACGCUCAUCAUUUGUUGCACCACCACCUCGACCACUACCUCAACACGCACAAGGAUCUGAUGUCGCUGGGCGUGGUGGUGCGCGAGACGUACGCGCCGCUGCUGGCGCUGUCGCGGCUGCCGGCGCUGCCGCAGCUGGGCCUGCACCACGUGCGCACGCAGAUGCCCACGCCCACCUUCACGCUCAUAGCGCAUUCUUGGAGAAAGAUCCGCAUUAUAUACGCCGGCGCGUAUUGCAUAGAAGUAGGCAUUCGCGGCGGCGGCGUGGUCACUAUCCGCGAUGGUUCAUACUCAAAAUUCGACCGGAGUCCAGUUGUCGAUGAAUUCGCACCCGCCCAGGGCUUGAAGACGUUUUUAUCACGAUAUGUAGAAGACAAUAUGAGUGCGCGGUUGUUGGCAGAAGACGACAAUCCUCCGUCUCCUAUGUCUCCAAUGCCCCCAGGAGGUCUCCGUUUCCCGGCUCCGCUGACGCCGCCGCAGCCACACACGCCACACUCUGCGCCUGUCACCCCCCAUCCCGCAUCACCCGCACAUCAGAUGGGCGGUGGGUCGUUCAACCUGACGUCCCCGCCGAGCGGCACGGGCGGCGGCGGCGCGGCGGGCGGCGCGGGCGUGUCCGCCUCGCCCGCGUCCCCGCUGGCGCCCUCGCCGCACGCCCCGCCCGCGGCCUCGCCGCACCCGCCGCCUACGUCACCGUUUACGGCGUGGCCCGCCUCGCCAUCAUUACCGAGGCCGUCGCCCGGACACCACCCCUCGCCUCGACAUCAUCUCGAUCACAAAGGUCCGAUGUCGAGUUCGACGACGGCGGGCGCGCGCGGGGCGGGGCGCGCGUGGGCGGGCGCGAGCGCGGCGCCGCUGCCGGUGAGCAAGCUGGAGGCGCUGUGCACGCCCAGCGAGCCGCCGCCCGGCGCGCCGCCCGGCCCGCCUCUCGCGCCGCUGCAGCGCUUCCUCGCCUGCGUCUACAUGAAGCGCACGCUGCAGCGCUUCGUGCACCAGGAGGAGUUCUUGACGUUGGUGUCGGUGGAGGCAACGAGCUUGACAUUCCGAUGCGAGAGCGCGGGGCUGGCGGCUCGCGUGGCGCUGCACCCGCAACACAUGCAGUCCCUGCACUUGCAGCUCACGCCGCUACCCGACCACAAGGAGUCCUGGUCCGCUGACGACUUACAAGUGAUGGAGAAGUUCUUCGAGCAGCGCGUGGCGAUCGCGCCGUACCGCGCGACGGCGCUGCAGGGCUGGGGCCGGUGGUGGGGCGCGCCGGUGGCGGCGCUGCCGUCGCUGGUGGCGCUGAUGCGCGCGGACCUGGCGCCGUCCGCGCCGGCGCUGUGGCAGCUGCAGUGGGCGCUGCGCAUCCCGCCCGCCGCGCCGCCCAUCGUGCCCGCCGGACAGCCCGCCGUGCUGCUCGCCAAACACAAAAUUCUUUUCUUCGUCUGCCUGACGCGCGUGGACACGCAGCUAGUACUCCCGCUAGUGUACGACAUGCAGCUGAAUGUGACGCAGCUUGCAGACAAGCAGAACGCACAGCCGCAUCUCAUUGCCGUCAGUCUACAUCUCAAACGUUUCAACGAGUUCAACCAGUCGCACUCGGAGUGCACGCUGUGGCCGGCGGUGCGAGACCUGCUGACGAACUUCACGCUGCCGCAGGAGGCGCCGCCGGCCGCCGCGCCGCCGCCGCCAUAGCCACCGUACCUCUCCAAGCACCACGCGCUCGUCUAAUACCGCGGCGACCAACUCUUGUGCUGAUUAUGUCCUGGACUUUCAUUAUUAUAAUCAGUUAUAUUAACGAAUUAGGAACGCGAUUACUCUUCGAAUUGAGUUGGUAUCUAUAGUAUGGACAUCGACAUACGAUACUUCAAGUCCGAUCUCACUAAUCAGAUGCGCAUUGUCGAGAACUAUCGAAGUAUUAAUUCGAUAUCUACUUUAUUUUUUAUUGUAUACGGUGUAAUUUGCAUCGUAAAUAUGGAAUAACGUUCCAAUCGAGGGUGGUUGGCUAGAAAGUUUAUCAAGGCUGUACGCUUGAUACUAAGUGUUACGUAUGGAUCUCCGUAAUCGAUACAUCGAACAGCUUGAAUUUUAGAUUCUACAGUGUAAAGUGUUAACUGAAGAAAAUUGAAUUAUACCAUUUAUAAUCGAUACUGUUAUAUAAAGCAGAAUAAUUUGUUUUUUUUGAACGCGCUAAUCUCAAGAACUACUGAUUCGAACUGAAAAAUCUUUUAAUGUUUGAUAGCUCUCUUAUUGAGGAAGGGCAUAGGCUGUAUAUUAUCAUGCUAGGACAAAUAGGAGCGGAGUAGUAAUGAAAAAUAUUCCAAAGACGGGGAAAGUUUAUUGCUCAAAGUUACGCAACAAAUAUGUAUGACGAAACCGUUCCUCUUAAAAAGUUCUAAAAAAAAUAAGAAAAUAAAGUCCACCGCGACAUCUCUUUGCCGGUCUGAACGCGAUAAACUCAUAAACUACCCAACGGAUUUAGAUGAAAUUGGGUAUGGACUAUGGAGAUAGUUUGAGACCGUGGGGAGAACAUAGGCUACAUUAUAUCCCGGAAAAAUAUAUUGCAUGAAUUUUGUAACGCAAAACUUUGUCCCAGCAAAACUUUAUCACGCGGGCGGAGCCGCGGCCAAGAGCUGGUGAUUUUAAAUGUUUAUGCGAAUGCUUGACAUUAAAAUAAAACUUGUUUAAUUGUUGCUCCCGACGUUUCGAAGACUGCAGCCUUCACAGUCACGGGGUGGGCAGAGGUGUAAGUCGUCCGAAAAUAUCAUAACAUUUAAUUAUAUAAUAAAAAUAAUUUAACAAAAUCGUAUCUUUAAAAAAUGAAGGUAGAUAUUGUAACAUACAUUUUUCGGACUACCAACACCUCAGCCUGCAUCGUGACCAUGAAGGCUGCAGUCUUGGAAAUGUCGGAAGUAACAAUUAAACAAAUUUAUCUUGAAAACAUUUGUAUAUUUGUUUUAUUUCUAUUGUAGAAUAUGAUUUGUCUCUAAAAAGUUAACGGCAUUUGUUUUGUAUAAAACGCAUUAAACGCAUACUAUUGGUUAUUUUGAAAACAUUGCUCGCAUCUAUGAUGUUGUUAAGCGUAAAAAUAUAAAAAUAGACGACACGUUACACGAUCUUACAGGCAACCUACAUGGAAACGCUAUAAUUACGUAAAAAGAAUUUGUAGUUUACUAGUAAGAUAGAAAACAAUAAUUUUGAUAUCUCUACCAAAAGCUAUAUUAUGGCAUAACAACCCUAGUCUUUUUUAAAAUCGUCUGAAUAGGUUUCGGUCAGUUGAUUUAAACGUUAAGGAACGAUUUGUAAAGGUAGUUAGCAUUCACACGUCAAUUCCAGGAAGAUAAACGUAUCUUCCGGCACAAUUUUCAAGCAAUGGUUUUGAAUAAUGAUUUACGUAGUAUUUUUAUAUUUAGCAACUUGUUGCCUCACCUUGUAUAUUCAAAUCCAAACAUAUAUAGUUAAAACGGCAAUAGUAUAAAUUUGUGUCAUUAAUUGUAAAAGAGCUCAAGAAGGACAUAAAGUAAUGAUCGUGUAGCAAACAUAAUGUAAAUUUAAUGUUUAUAGUAUAUGUAUAUUAUAUUCUUUUUAUAAAAAUGAUGUACUUUGGGUCCAACAAAAAAUAUUGGAUAACAAUCGUUUAAUAUGGUGUGUCGACUAUUUGUAAAUAAUCCAAUUUCCCAAUACUGGUUAGGUGCGGAUUAUCAUUCAUCAUCAAUGUAGUAUUUAUGAUUAUUUUUGUAUUAUAAAUAACUAUCGAUAUAGUACCCUAAUAUUUUUAAACAGUUCGCCCACUGAAUAAUCGAGUAACUUAUACAGAAUAAAUGAAUAAUCGCAAUUAGAGAUUAAAAACACCCAUUCAUUCUUGUUGCAAGAAACCGAGUGGCGGCGGUUAAUUUGAAUGCGGCUUUAAAUUUUGCCACCUUGUCAUACCACAGGCAAAAAUAUCAAGCAUUGUGUAUUCUUGAUCCUCUACUUUUCGUCUGCACUUUUGCUCUUCCAUCUGUGGGCUGGAAAUUUCCAUUUGGCUUUAAUGCAUCUCCAUUUUUAGGUAGUUUUCUUACUGAGAUAAUUUUUUAUGCAAGAAUAGAUUAACUUAAUAAAUAAAUGUUUGUUAACAAUAUAGCCUGAUGGGUAUUAGGACCCUUGAUGUCAUUCAAAAAACUGUAAAAAAUGUGUAAUUACCUAUAAUAAAAAAUAUUUUAUAAAA